AUGGACGUCACAUCGGUGUUCAAUUAUCGGACACAAUUCGAUGCCGCAUAUUUUAAGGUUAAGGAUCUUUAUACGGAGUUCCUUGAUGCUAAUCAAGACCGAGUUUCGUGGCACAGUGCAUCGAAUGAAUCGCCCAACGAUUUGCGGGAUGCAAUAAGGGCACUUUUGCAAAGUCAACAUAAGUUAAUCGACGGCCAACAUCAACCACAGCAGCAAGUCGCAGCGGGAAAUCAGAUGUCGAAUCAUGAACCCACAGUCAAACUACCACAACUGAACAUCCCCAUAUUCUGCGGUGAGCGAAAAUCGUGGAAUUCAUUCAAGGAUUUGUUCAUCAGUACGAUUCACAACAGGGUGGAUCUGAAGGCGUCCGUAAAAAUGCAGUACUUGUUUUCCUACCUGGACGGUGAAGCGAAACGGAUAUUGAAAGCUCUGGGAAAUGAGUACGAGACACGAGAUCCCUGGCUUAUUCAUCUACUGCUCGAAAAAGUUGACCGAGAAACCCGUACACUGUGGGCGCAGAAGAUCAUUGACGAGGAAAAUCCACUGUUCGCUGAUUUCAUCGAGUUUCUUCAGAAACGAUGCGACACUCUGGAGACUUGUGCAGCCUUUUCAAGAAAAGCAGGAGAAAGUGUGAAAAACAUUCCCAACAUUCCGAAAAACAUUGUAGCUGAGAAAAAGUUUCAAGCCUUUCAUUGCAACCAGCGCACGGUGGAGUAA